GGUUGGGGAGAGAAAGGGAAAUGAUUGAUUUGUUUCUGUCUCUGUUAGUCAGUUGUGUGGGACACUUUGAUUGGGGGCAGAAACUUAUUACUUUCCAGGCAUUCAUGUAAAAGAAAUUUGCAAAAUGCAAGAAUCUGAGGAAUCCAGAGAUCAGGAAACAAUUCCAGACCAGGUGGAUGGAGGAAGUUUGAGUGCAGGAAAGAAUAGGGGUGUAAAGGCAAACAAGAAAGGUCUUUCCUCCUCUGACUGGGAAAGAAAAGAAAUAUAUGUACCCCUUGUGCCAUCAAAUGUACCCGUUCCAGACCCAUCAAACAACCCCAUCCUCAUUUCCAUUGGCCCUCGUCAUCAUUGUACCUCUGUUUCCAGUGAGUCCCAGUACCAGGGUUUCUCCCAGGAAGAUGACUACACUAAUAGGGAUGAGUGGAAAAGGGAAACUGAGCAAUGUCACCCACUGACAAACGAGGGUCACGUUCCCAAGCAAACAAUGGAGGAACUGAGAAGCGUGUUGCGUGAGAGCUCCCUUUUGACCGCAAAAGGGCAAGACGAUGGAAGGAGUUACCCUCCGGGGCAAAGGCUGGAUUGUAAACCAGAUCAAGUAGCCUCCACAAAUUUCACCACCUUCAAGCCCCUUUCAGAGAUCUCUAAGAAAGCAUCCAGACUAAGAGAAGGAAAUUCCUCUAAUUGGGAUUCUGGUGGGUCAUCGAGGACUGAUGGACCCCCAAGCAGAUCCUCUGGUGUGAAUUCACCCACUGUUGAGAGAUCCCACAGGGAUGAAUCUAACACAUCACACACUGAAAACAAGGAUAGAUCCCAGGCCCACUCUUUCACAUCUCAAAGCUUCAUCUCUGAUGUUGAGCACAUAAAACAGCAAAUUGCUCAUGAAAAUAUAAGCUUUGUUUGCUUCGAGGCCACUGAUCUUCAUGGCGUAUCCCGAUCCAAGACGAUUCCAGCUCGGUUCUUUCAUGAAAAAGCAGUAUAUGGCAUUCCUAUGCCAAGAAGCUACCUGGAGUUAACCUUGAGCCCCAAAGUUAAUGAGGUUGAUCAUCCAAGUGCAGUCAACUUCAGCAGUGAUGUUCUCCUGGUCCCAGAUCUCUCCACAUUCCAGAUCCUACCCUGGGCAGACCAGACUGCUCGUCUCAUUUGUGACCCUUGUACGAUCACAGGGGUUCCUCUUCGCACAUCACCUCGCCUUAUAGCCAAGCAGAUGCUGGGUCAACUCCAGAGCAUGGGAUUCUCGCUCCACUCCUCCUUCACAUAUGAGUGCUGUAUCUUUGGGUCCCCUGAGAGAUUGGGCCCCAAAGCAGUGUUCUUCCCUGCCACCACUCUGUUGAGCAACUAUGAUCUGCCCUUCCUACAUAAGCUAGUCAGGGGCAUGUACAACAUGGGUGUGGAUGUUGAGAGCUUUUCAUCUGCCAACGGACCAGGACAGAUGGAGAUUUGCUUCAAACCCAGGUUCGGGAUUGAGGCCGUUGACAGCGCCUUCACCUUCCGUACAGGAAUUAAAGAGAUGGCAAGGAAGUACAACUACAUCGCCACCUUUUUCACAGAUGACAGCAUUCACAAUUCUGGGUUACUCUCCCACAGCCUCUGGGAUGCCAGUGGAAGGAGGAGCCUUUUCCAUUCUGGCGAUGGAGAACUGUCAGAGAUCGGCAGGAAGUGGCUCUCAGGUCUUCUCCACCACUCUCCUGCACUAAGCUGUCUCUUGGCUCCAGGGAUCAGCUGUCGGAACCAGCUUUCCAAAGGCAAGAAAGAUUCCAAGCACCAGCUUUAUGCCACAUGCGGCUGCAACGACAACAGCUGCGACUUCAACGUGAAGGCUCAUGGUGGACGGGAGACACACAUUGACAACAAGCUGGGUUCGGCAAUGGCGAACCCAUACGUUGUGUUGGCAGCCACAAUUGCAGCAGGACUGGAUGGUAUUAGGUGUAAUAUCAAUGCUGAACAAGCCCUAAGCAGAGCUCCCGUGCAGCAGAAACAGUUCCCAAUCCCUGUUAAAAUGGACGAUGCUUUAGUGGCCCUGGAAGAGGACAGUGUGAUUUGUGGUGCACUGGGAGAACCAUUUGUGCAGUAUUUUAUUGCCAUGAAGAGAAUAGAGAUUGAAACCCAAGAGCAGGAUGCCGACAGAAACAAGGGACUUGAGUAUUUUAUUUAAAGAUAUAAAAUUCCAAGCUAUUGCUGAAUCUGGUGAAUGAUUUUGUGUAUUUGAAACACUUAAAAAUACAUUUAUUGACCCUCUGGUGUAGUAUUGAAGAGAAAUAAUACCUCCUUUGGCAACAAAUAAAAAAAUAACAAAAUCAUGCAACUGACACACUGACUGCUUUAAUUUAUAGAAUCUACGUAAUUUAAAUGCAAUGUAAUUAAUUCCAACCACGUGCCAGAACAGAAUAAACUAUGUAGCUAAUGUAUCGCUAUACGUUAGUAGUAAUAUAUGGUAUGGUGAAUAGAUUAACUAAACAAAGAUUCAACUUUUUACAUUUGUUGAGCUAGGUCUUUAAAGGGAUGGUUCACCAAAAAAAAAAAUAUUCUCUCAUCGUGCCACCCCAGAUGUGUGUGACUUCCUUUCUUCUGCAGAACACACAUGAAGUUUUUUAGAAUAAUAUUUAAGCUCUGUAGGUCCAUUCAAUGCAA